ACAGUAUUUUGGGGACCUGAGUAUGGUUGGUGCUACCCGCGCCAACGAGCAGUGGCCCAUCAUUGAGCAGUUAUCUGGACCCAGGGACCAAGGUUCUCAGGCCCUCCUAAAUUAUGUUUGCCAAUGUGACUGCUCAGAAAACCCAAAGCAAUGGACCUUCUGCACAGGAUAGGCAGCGCGACUGGCGACUGAAUCCUUUCAGGUCCCCACUGGAUGACUAUGGAGUGGCAGCUUAGAAAAACGUCUCAUGGGCACAAAUUUGUUACUUUUGCUACCACAGGAAUGCUAGGCAAGGACUUUAUUGUGGAGAUAACCCCCCUUACCCUCCACCCGCCAGCUUACUGGGGGAAAUACUACAGUACAAUCAAUAAAACUGAGUUUUAAAACAAUACCAGGAUGUGGUGGUGGCAUAUGCCUUUAAUCUCAGCAUUUGAAAGGCAGGUAUCGCUGUGAGUUUGGGUCUAGCCUGGUCUAUAUAUUAAGUUCCAGACUAGUCAGGGAUCACAGUAAAUCCUCCCCCCUCUCAAAAAAAAAAAAAAAGCCUCUUGUGAUGCCCACAUAAUACCAUCACUUGAGAGACGGAGGCAGGAGAUUGUUGUGACUUCAAGGCCAGCCUAGGUUACAUAGUGAGUUUGAGGUUAGUGUGGGCUGCAUGAGACUAUAUUGUUUUAAAGGAGGGGGCUGAUAAAAGAUAAUCUCUGAGGCUUCCUGGACGCUAACCUAGGCGAAAAAUGUGACCCCAGGUUCAAUAAUAGACCUUGCUUCUAAAUGAUGGCACAGAAUGAUGGACGCGGACACUCAAUGCCCUUUUCUUGCCUCUGUGUGCGACUUCAGAAGCGUGUAUAACCGGAUUCACACUGGGUGGGGGAGGGAGAGGGAGAGAUAAUAAGUAAAAGGGUCCCGCCAGCCUAGGCCUUGAGUGGCUUCAGGUAAUGGUGCUGCGCAGCUCAUGUUACCUAUAGACACUAGAAUUAAGGAACCAAAGAGACUCGUAGCUUCCGGCGGUCUCUAGCCAAGACCCUGACGGGAAGGAGGCGGGGCGAGACUGGCGUAGACCUGCCCCCAGCAGCCGUCAAGCGACCUAGGCGUGUUUUGCGACAACAGGCGGGGAGCCUUUUCCGGCGGGUAUGCGGACCCUGAGGCCCCCCCAAGGCAAGUUCUCUUAGUACGUAUGGCUCCCCACAGCAACCCUGGCUCCUGGCCAUAGCGGCGGCGCUUCUCUGUUUAGAGAGCGGUGCUAAGGAGGCCCUGAGCUGCCCCAUUAGGUGACCUUAGUCUAGUCCCCUGCUAGUGUGUCUGAGAUCUCUCUCCUGAGCGGUGGAGGACACGGGCUGGCCCGGGGCAGGAGAAGCUCCGGGCAGCAGGGUCGGGACCGGAGGAGAUGCCCCUCCACGUGAAGUGGCCGUUCCCCGCGGUGCCCCGGCUCACCUGGACCAUAGCCAGCAGUGUCGUCAUGGGCCUGGUGGGCACCUACAGCUGCUUCUGGACCAAGUACAUGAACCAACUCACCGUGCACAACAAAGAAGUGUUGUAUGAGCUCAUUGAGAACCGAGGCCCUGCCACACCCCUUAUCACCGUCUCCAACCACCAAUCCUGCAUGGAUGACCCUCAUCUAUGGGGAAUCCUGAAACUCCGCCACAUCUGGAACCUGAAGUUGAUGCGUUGGACCCCUGCAGCUGCAGACAUCUGCUUCACCAAGGAGCUACACUCUCAUUUCUUCAGCUUGGGCAAAUGUGUGCCUGUGUGUCGAGGAGAUGGUGUCUACCAGAAAGGGAUGGACUUCAUUUUGGAGAAGCUUAACCAUGGGGACUGGGUACACAUCUUUCCAGAAGGGAAAGUAAACAUGAGUUCUGAGUUCCUGCGCUUCAAAUGGGUAGGAAUUGGACGGCUGAUUGCUGAGUGUCAUCUAAACCCCAUCAUCCUGCCACUAUGGCAUGUUGGAAUGAAUGAUGUCCUCCCUAAUAGCCCACCCUACUUCCCCCGAUUUGGACAGAAAAUCACCGUGCUGAUCGGGAAGCCCUUCAGUGCACUCCCUGUGCUUGAGCGGCUCCGGGCAGAAAACAAGUCAGCUGUGGAGAUUCGGAAAGCCCUCACAGACUUCAUUCAAGAGGAAUUCCAGCGGCUGAAGAUGCAGGCGGAACAGCUCCACAACCAUUUCCAGCCUGGAAGAUAGGUUUUGCCUGCCCAGUCUGUGCCCUGAAGUCCUUAGCCAAGGGAGCACUGGAUCCUCCAGGGUUUGGGAAGAGGUGGUGCAGGACCCUGCCCAACCCUACUUGGCUCUGUACUGCCUUUGAGAUUCUUCUCUGCACAAAACUGAGGCUGGAAGAUGAACUGAUGGUUUUAACUCAGAUAGAUUGGCUCAUAAUCCCUGCUGGAUACUCUUUUUUUUUUUGUUUUGAGACAGGGUUUCUCUAUGUAGCCCUGGCUCUCCUAGAACUUACUCUGUAGACCAGGUUGGCCUUGAACUCAUAGUGAUCCAUCUGCCUGUGCCUCCCAAGAGCUGGGAUUAAAGGUGUGUGCCACCAUUGCUUGGCCUGGAUACCCUUUCUUAUCCUCAAGCAUCUGGCUCCUCUGGGUCUCCUGGACUAAAAGAAGAGCUUUGGCUGUCCCUCACACUUGGCAGAGAAGGGAGGAAGACUCUUAGGCAAGGGCUGGCCUCCUCACAUCUCUCAGGGGCUAGCAUUGGAAGGGAGCAAAGCAGGCAGUUGCAAAACUAGUAGGAGAAUAUGUGUCCUGCCCAUAGAUGCAGAAAGAGGACCCAAAUGGCCCCUUGGAUGGACUACCACUUGCCUGCCUUUUCCCAGGAACUUCUCACAAUCUCCUUAGGGAUGGCAGUCAGCCAGGUCAUUCUUCUACCUGAGCUUCUGCUGCAAGGUUUGUCCUUGGGUGGUCUCCAGACAAUAGCAAGUCUUGGCCAGGAUUCAAGCCUAGCUAAACUUAACUAGAUGUUUUUGCUAGAUUGCAGAAAAAGGGCCCCCAAGACCUGACUGUGAAUCCCCCAAUGUCAGGGCCUACCCACUUCUCUAACCUUUUUGCCUUGACAUUCCCUAUGUCCUGAGGUCUGGGUUUUCCUGUUUUUAGAGUAAUAAAAUAUUUGUGUUAUGCCACUAUA